AAGCAACGCUUUCGGCUUUCUUGCGAUCUGGUUUUCCUCUCAUUCUCCCUUUAUCGUUAAUUAUAUCCAGAAGACUUUCCUUCUUCUUAUUCUUCUUCUUCUUCUUCUUCUUAUUGGAUAGAGAAUGAGGGAUUCGAGAAGAGGUACCAUGGUUGCCAAAGUGAAUAGUCUAACCCGACCUAAGUUCGGGAAUCUCCUGCAUUCUGAUCCGAACAUUUCCACUACGAUGCCUAGCGAAGACGAUUACUCAUUCCGCAAUAGCAGCGCUUCCGCGGCGAGUCCAGGCUACUACGAUGGCAACCACAUGAGUCCAGACAUGUCCCCCUAUAACAUGUCCCCUUGGAAUAAUGCGAAUUCCUCUCCUUAUACCAGAUCUCCAUGGACAAGAACCUCUCCCUUAAAUCCAUGCUUCGAUGACAACUUCCCAUCAAACGGACUCAUCGCAUCCUUUGUCCGCGAAGAAGGCCAUAUAUACUCCUUGGCAGCCAUUGGGGAUUUGCUCUACACUGGAUCCGAUAGCAAGAACAUCCGCGUCUGGAAGAACCAGAAGGAAUUCUCCGGUUUCAAAUCUAACAGUGGAUUAGUUAAAGCUAUUAUAAUCUCUGGUGAGAAAAUCUUCACCGGUCAUCAGGAUGGGAAAAUUCGUGUUUGGAGGGUUUCCUCCAAGAAUCCUAGCGUUCAUAAGCGAGCCGGAACUCUCCCUACCUUAAAGGAUUUCAUCAAGAGUUCCAUGAAUCCCAACAAUUACGUCGAGGUAAGGCGUCACCGGAACGGUCUCUGGAUCAAGCAUUUUGAUGCGAUUUCUUGCCUGAGUUUGAGCGAAGACCAAGGGUUGCUAUACUCUGGUUCCUGGGAUAAAACGCUCAAGGUCUGGAGAAUCUCCGAUUCGAAAUGCUUGGAAUCGAUAAACGCUCACGACGAUGCCGUCAACACCGUCGUGGCCGGCUUCGACGGUUUAGUUUUCACCGGCUCCGCCGACGGGACCGUUAAAGUGUGGCGGAGAGAAUUACAUGGCAAAGGAACCAAACACUUCUUCUUGCAGACGUUACUGAAACAAGACAGUGCCGUAACGGCGUUAGCCGUGAACGCUUCAUCGUCCGUUAUCUACUGUGGAUCUUCUGACGGACUUGUUAACUUUUGGGAACGUGAAAAGCAUCUAUCACACGGUGGGGUCCUCAGGGGCCAUAAACUGGCGGUCCUCUGUCUCGCCGUGGCAGGGAACCUUGUCUUCAGUGGUUCUGCGGACAAGACGAUAUGCGUGUGGAGGAGGGAAGGUGGAAAUCACUCGUGCCUUUCGGUCUUGACGGGUCACACCGGACCCGUUAAAUGCUUGGCUGUCGAAGAAGAUCUCGAAUCGACGGCUAGUGAUCAACGAUGGAUCUUGUACAGCGGCAGCCUGGAUAAAUCAGUGAAGGUGUGGAGGGUUUCAGAGCAAGCUCCUGAUGUGCAACAGAUGGCGGCCAUGCAGCGGCAAUACUUGGCGGAUCAGAAUCCGAUGUCCGCCAAUCAGAGCUUCUCUUUCCCUGGAACUGGCAGGAAACGGCACUGAAAGAAUGAAAAGCUUUCGCGUGAUUGGAUGGAGGACGAAAGAUUGAGCUUCGAACUUGGGAGCACUCCACGUGUCAGUACGAACAAAAAAAUGCGGGCCGGGCUUACCCAGAUCUUAUAUCCAACGGAUGAUUGAUGAUGAUGCGUGGUGGUCGUCAGCGGUGUGUGUAAGUUGAAUCGUUCUAAAUGGAACGUGUGAGUUGUGAGUUAUGAGUUAUGAGUCUUGUGACUCGAGAGGGUCUGGAGCGAAGUUGGAUUGGGAUUGUACAUAGAUAGCCUCUCUGUUUUUUUUUUCCCACUCGUUCUUUUGGGUUGUUGAGGGGUGUUGGUGCGAUUUGCCUAGACUGGUUGUGGUUGUAAAUUGUGUCACAACGGUACAACUGCAACAAUAGAGGGUCGCCACUUGUAAAAUUACAGAUGGGAUGUGAAUCUCAAAUAAUUAAAAAUGUAAGUAGUACAAA